AUCAAGCUUUUCCACCCUUCUCUUUAGAAUCUCUGUCUGUCUGUCUGCUAAUCUUUUCAAAAAGGAUGGUGUGGAAAAUGUCAAUCAAAAUUUAAGUUUUCUCGUUCGUUUUUCGCGGAUUUUGUCGUGUGUUUGAUUUCGGAUUAAUCUCCUGGUGUUUCCCGUUCGAUAAAUUACGAAAUUGAUUACCAAACGAGUGCACAAAACCAUAAUUUCCGUACGAGACAUGAGCUUGAUGUGAUGUGCUUAAAAGGUCGAGGACGACGUGGAUGAGACCAAUCAUAUCUCCAGUGUUUCUCGCUUCCUUCUUGAGUGGUGUCCUGUUGAAUCUAUAGUUAUUGCCUUUUGCCCCCUUGAAACGGUGACCACCGACGACACGGUGUGGAGUGAAACAUGAAUUUCUCUGCGUUUGGGGGCCCAUUCUCCGGGAUCCACCAGUUCGCGGCCAAGUUCGGCAGCAAUGAUGGGGCAUUCACCAGCACGACGAAUUCGGCGGUGGCAGCCGUGACUGGAAAUGGUACCGGACCAGGCGGAAUUGGAGGGAUUGGCGGUGCGACUCCAGGAAUUUCCGUUAGCGCCAGCGGUACCAACAUUGGCCAGCAGGAUCUAAAUCGAUAUCACGGAUCCACUAACGGGAACCAUUUCAAUCAGAAUACUACCUCAAUGAUCAACACGCCAAUGUCAUAUGGACAAAAUAUUACUCUUCCGUAUAGUCAGCCACAACCCGAUCAUGGCUUUACUAACAACAUGCAAGUGGAUAAUAAGCUGAAGAAUACGAUCAAGGUCGAUCGAGACGAGAUGAUCAACCAGCAAAUAUUGCAAAAUGUCAACCAAUCUUGGCAAACGCUGGCCAACCCAUCAAACACAGUGGAUUAUUCGUCCCACCUUUUAUCCGCCACUCUACCCAUUUCCAUACAGCACUUUCUUAAAUAUUCCGAAACCAUCAAGAAAGAAUCGAACAACGUUGGAUCUGGAUUGGCAUCCCCUGGACCGCUCAGUGGAUUGAUCGGCGUCGAAACUAAUGCGUUCAAUGUCCAAAAAGACUUGUUAAAUUUGAAAAAUGGUUCUAAUUUGAAUUUGGCACUGGGGAAUGUGGCAGUGAGUGCUGCGGCAGCCAGUCUAGGGCUCAAUCACCAGCAUUUUACGCAUCAUACGAAUAAUCAUCAGGACAAUAGUCAAAACUACGGAGGCAUCAAUCAAUUGCCCAUCCUCUCCAGCAACGUAACCAAUAGCCAACAACAGCUUGGUAGCCAACAAAACGGAAUGAACGGAACUGUAAACGGAAACGCCAACGCAGUUCCGACCACUAAUUCUAAUAACGCCAAUAAUGCCACUGGAAAUGCCGCCAAUUCCACGACUACGACCACAACAACCGGAAAGGGCAAGUCAAAACGCCAAAAGAAAGAAAAGAAACGCAAACCACCGAAGGAGAAAAAGCCUCGUCCCAAGCCGGGACAAAUCCGCGAGACGAAGGCCCUGGACGGAUCGCCGCUGUUCUGCUGUCCCGAGUGUCAGAUGGCGUAUCCGGAGCGUGGCCUGAUCGAGCAGCACGUAAUCUCGCACGCGGUGGAGCGCCGUUUCGUGUGCGAUAUUUGCCAUGCCGCUUUGAAGCGGAAGGACCACCUUACCCGACACAAACUGUCGCACAUUCCGGACCGGCCGCACAUAUGCAGCAUAUGUUUGAAGUCGUUCAAACGCAAGGAACAGUUAACAUUGCACAUUGUUAUCCACACCGGUGAGAAGAAGCACGUUUGCAAUGAAUGUGGAAAAGGAUUCUACCGGAAGGAUCACCUACGCAAGCACACCCGAUCGCACAUCGCCCGCCGCGUCAAGUCGGAAAUGUCGGCCCAGUCAGGUACCGGAAAUGGUUCGAACAGCUCCAACUCCAACAAUAACAACAACAAUAACAAUGCAGCACUUGCACCGUCGCUGAUGGCCACCAACAUGCAGGGUGCGCCGGUGACGGCCUCCUGAGCCUCGUACAAGGACUUUUGGUAAGGUGGAUGUUCCAGUUUUCUCCGUGAAAACGAUCUUUGGUAUAGGGUUAAUGUGAGUUGAGUUGGAUGAAGUUAGUCGACGAACGAAUUAGGUGCAAUUUUUAUGUUAAUAUUAUGUCACACAAUCAACAAACCAUAUAGUUCAAUAGCCCUGAAAUUUUGUUCGAAUCAUUAUACAAACUAUGGUGCAGCAAACAGUUGACAAUUGUUAUAGAGUUUAUACAAGAUAGGCUUGAAGUAAAUCGACGCUAUGAUUCCUGACUCUUUGGAUAUUGCUCUGCCCAAAAGAACAUCGUACAUGCCAUGUCAAAAGUCCAUACCCAUUAGUCUUCUGGGAAUACUCGGAGGACUUCGAUUUGUGUUCUACUCGCAAGUCGAACAAAUCAAACGAUCAAGAUCUAACCUGAGUUAUACGAUUCACUAUCGAAAAUGUAUCUUUAACACACCGACAUGGAAGAGGUUAGUCAAACUUCAACCGGAACGAGUAUACGUGCAAUCUGACCUGAUAUGAAUCUAUCUCCACCGGUAAACGAUUAGUAGCUUAUACAGAAGUUGUUGCACAAAUCCAAUCUAUAAAUACUCCACAUACGCUGCUACCGCUUUUACGAUAGAAACUCCCCGAAAUUCGCUUUACUCUAACAAUCUUCGGACUCGAAAUUCUCCGCCUCUGAACGAUAGCAAUAAUUUUUCGGAAACAAAAAAGCAUUCGAGCGAACGUUAAACAGAUCCUGCUCUUAAGUCCAACUGCUCGGACGGGGAGCAGUUGCUGACCGACACACAACAGACUAAUGAAGAUAUACGAAAUCAAUAAGCUAAAAGACGGAUAAUAUUUUUCUUAACGAGAGUUGCUAAACAAGUUGCAAAUAUACGACGAUAUACAAUUGGAGAAAGUGUAAUAUUUUAUUUAUUGAGAGCCAACUGUAACUGAUGUAGUAGACGAUAUCCUUAAGAAUAUAUAUUUUGUACUGAAUAUUGGACAGAAUCCAGUAAAAGAGAUGUUUAAAAAAUAAAACCUAUAUAUUAAAAAGUAAAGUAUUACAAUGAAUAAAUAUAUGCAAAAAGUUUUAACAGAAGUAAGGCAGAAUGGGGCUACUACUUGCAAAGUUUUGGCAAAGAAUUGGAACUGGCUGGAAUUGGAAAAUAACAAAUAACAUGCUCUCGACAGUUGGCAGAAGUAUAAACUAUGUCUACCUAUAAAAAAACAGAAGAAUCUCCUAAAAUUACUUUAAACUAGCAAGAGAAAACAAAACACAUUAUCGCAUGCAACAAUAUGGAAGUAAAUAAGAAUUCAAAGUACAAAACUAAGAAGAAAGGAAUUAAAUACUGUUGAAACAAUAGUGAACAAAAAUACUACAAAACAAAUCGAAAACAAACAUAAACAAAACAAACGUUACUCCAAAACAAAGUUGCAGCAACAAACUUACCAAAGCGAUGUUCAAAUAACUUACUACAAAAGAGGAAAAGAAGGUAUAAACACUUCAACAAUACACUAUAGUAUAAACUGAAACAAAGAGAUGAACAAUAUCAUACUCCGUAUAACCGAAAGAGAACAAAUUCGAUAUUUCACAAUCCAGAGUUCCAAAUAAGAAAAUGCUAUUUUAUUAUUUUGAUUAGAGAGCCGAAACCAAACAAGAACAUAGUAAACCUACAUAUGAAACUACUUAUAGCUAUACGAAAGUGGAGCGAUUCAAACGAAAAUCAAAUGAACAAUCGGAAUUCGGAAGAUCUGAAAACUAAACCAACCGUACAAUAGACUUUCUCAAUAAAACACUUAAAAAAUAGUAAGCAAAAACUGAUAGAAACGCAGCAUAGAUUCGCCGAAAUACGAGCAUUUGUUAUACUGUUGUGCAAUAGCAAUAGGAAUCGAUUUUUAAAAGCGAGAAAUUUCAAAUGCGCUGACUUAUUUUUGGUUCAAGUCAACGAGCAGCGGAUGAAACCAGGCAGAUAUGAAGCGGCAUGG